UCAUUAAUUUUUGCUUCUUUUAAUAUCACACUUGAAGAGUUGCCCGAGUCCUGUGAAAUCCGACAAUGUAAACAUUGUGUGUGAGGCAUUUCAUUCCUUACAAACAGCCGUUUGUGAGCCUAAUGGACUUUGUACCCUCCAGACUGCACACCCACGGCACGAGCUCAGUGUUUUUCGCCUGAGUCACGCUAUAUUCAUUUGAAAGCAGAUGUUAUUGUAUGUGAUCAUGCUGGAAAUCCGGUCUUGUUCAGUCAAAUUAUGAUGCUGAUGAUGAUCGUAUUUAGAUGGAGCAGGUCCGAGAGUUCUCCUGGAAGGGACUGACCGUUCUGGCCAAGAUGGACGAAGAAACCGAAUUCUUGACCACGUUGCCAAGGAAGUCGAGAUUUGUUGUCCUCCUCUUGCUGUGUUUCUGUUUCGUCACCUUCGUCUUCCUGUACGCACUCUCGCCAAGAUCUACGGUCCACUCGAUAGAUGAUUUGAAGAAAGCCUGGCACAUGGGACAAUACAACAUUCACAGACUGAACAUCGAAGAGAAGACCCUCAAGAGUCCAUCAAACAUCACUCAUGCACAGAGCUCAAUAUACAGAUUUGAUCAUUCAAGUGGCCUGGUAGUUUCAAAAGGAGACAUUUUACGGCUGGUGAUCGAGGCUAGAGAUGUAGCGGGAAAAAGAACAACGACGGGUGGGGACAUGUGGUAUGCUACCCUGAACUCGCUCAAUCCCAAAGCAAGUACAGCUGGUAAGGUGGUGGACAAUGGUGACGGCACGUAUGAAGUCACCUUCUACGUCGGCUGGGAGGGCGUGGCCAGAAUCGACAUAAUCCUGGUGCAUCCCAAAGAGGCGUGCACCUUCGUGGAGCAGAAAGUGUGGCCGGCAGAGGAUCGAGUAGUGUGGCUGGGGACGUACAAGGCCAAGAGAGAACCAAGAAACAAAGAGUACACACAGACGUGCGUGCUACGACGUAAUGAGACAGACUGGGGCAACAUGUGCGAGUACUGGUACCCGAAACAGAUCGGCGAGACUCUCCUCAUAUGCGGAAAGCCAACCGACAAGAAAAGAUGGACGUGCAACGACCUGAACGCCCUCAAGAGUCUAGAUGCGCGGAUCGAACUGGCUGCCUCGGAGCUGAUCGAGGGCAAGGAGUACUUAUUUGAUAACGAGAACAUAAUGCAGAUUGUUGAAGAUGGACCGAAACACAUCAAAAUUGAAGGUAUGAAGCGACAGCAAGUUGUCGAAGCAUUGCCCCCGUGCCGGCCUGGACUUAAAGCCCCCAGCUCGGAGGGUUAUUGGCUAAACGAUCAGUGGCAUUCCCUCCGCUGCCAAAACUUUCAGUGGGGAGCCAACGCUAGCAAGUCCCAGGAGGCCUCUUGGUGCCUCCGAGGCAAAGAGGUGUACUUCCUAGGUGACACGACGGCCCGCCAGUGGUUUGAGGCAUUCCAAGAAUCCAUCGGGUUGAAGUUCUUCUUGCGCAACGACGAUGCCCAUUACAGGUUUUUCCGCCAUCACCCGUCUUUAAACCUAUCCGUUCUGUACCAGGCUCGUCCCCUGCUGAUGACCUCAUUUCAAGUCCCAUUCGAGGAAGUGCAGUUCGAGGUGGACCUUCUAGACAGCCUCAAAAAUACGAAAUGUAACUACAUCGUCCUGUUGAGUCCGUGGUCGGAUACAAACUGGGAUCGCGCCAGUUUCACUGAGCGACUGAACCUCAUGAAAGACGCAAUCGAACGCCUCACGGUCAGGUGCCCCGAGGCACGAGUGGUUGUCAGAGGUCCACAUCCAGUGGAGCACACUACGUUUAAAUCAUCCACAUAUGCCGAAAACAUCUUGCUGCUGAAGAUAAGGGACUUAAUGGCAAAGAUAUUCCGGUAUUCGAGUGCUUCGUUCCUUGACGUCUGGGACAUGGGGUUGGCGUACCCUAGCCCGAAUAAGAGAGACAUGCCCAAUGAGGUUAUUCAACAGGGAGUAAAUCUGUUUAUGUCGUACGUGUGUCAGAACCGAAAAAAGUAUACUGAAUGAACUGAAAUAUCGUUUAAGAUAAAUACACAUGUGUAUGCAAAUUUUGAUUUGUGUAUAUUAUAUUUGUUCAAUGGGGCAUUUGAUAUUUCCGAGGAAAAAUAGCGAGAUGGCUGUUUUUCUAGUUGUCUUAGAGCAGUGGAACUAGUCGUCUAAAUGAACAGAGAGGAAAAAGUAAGUAGCUAGAAAAACGAGCAUGACUUGGGAAGAUUCCAUGUAUAGUUUCACGAAUUUUCUCUCAAAAGGGGCAAGGCUAAAUUAUGCAUGGAGCUUAACCAGAUAAAAUUCUCAGGUUGUGGUUCGAAAUGUUUCAAUUCAAAAGAGCACAUCGAUGGUUAUUGUAUAGCCUGUAUGUCAUGUUGGGAUACAAAGAAGUUGAAAUUAAGGUAACAGUCAGCUUCGGCUUGGUGUUGUUCGAUAUGAAUAUAAUAUUCUUUGAAUUGAAAUAGCAGCCUAGAAGUAUGCUGCGUUUUAUAGCAAUAAAUGCCGUACAGCUUCA